AUGAGUACGGCGCCGCCCGCGGGCUCGAGGCUCGACGGCACUCUCGCGUGGCCAGGCCUGCGGCUGGCGGACGCGCCCGACGCCGUCUGCGGCGAAGGCGUGCAUCGCUGGGACACCGGACUGCACGCCUCCAUUGCCGGCACCGUCUCGCUCGAUCGCAGCUGCGAGCCGCCGCGGCUGUCCGUCUCCGCCCUCACCGCGCCCUCUGAGCCGGCGGCGGCGCCGCCGACGGUGGGUGACAUCGUCACGUGCCGCGUGAUUCGUAUAAACCCACGCCUCGCGUCGCUCGAGAUCCUCUGCGUCGCGGGCGUGCCGCUGCGCGAGCCGUGUGGAGGGCUGCUGCGGCGCGAGGACGUGCGCGAGUUUGAGCGCGACGCGGUGCUCAUGCGCGACAGCUGCCGGCCGGGCGACAUCGUCCAGGCGCGCGUGCUCUCGCUCGGCGACUCGCGCGCCUACUACGUGACCACCGCGUCGGAGGAGCUCGGCGUCGUCUUUGCGCGCUCCGCCGAGGACGGCUCGACGCUCCUCCCGCUGGCGUGGGACGAGAUGCUCUGCCCAGCGACGCACGCGCGCGAGGCGAGAAAGGUGGCACGGCCGGCACGGCCGGCCUCCACGGCAGUGUGA